UUCUAUGAAAGUCCCUCAUUAACCAUGACGGGGGUGUUGAAAAGAAAAUAUGACGAACUGGAAGAUGAUGCCCCGUACUCCUCUUCCUCAUCCUGCUCCCCUUUCUCCUCCUCGGCCUCCUCUGCUUCUUCAGGGUGGGAAUCGGAUGAGGAAAACUCGCACGGAGCAGGAGGGAUCAAGCCCAGCUUGGCCUUAAACUCCGACUUCACACCAACCUCCAUCCUGAAGAGGAGCAAGCGGUUAAAACGGAACAACGUGGAGUUUGACCGGGUCACCGUGUUCUACUUCCCGCGUUGCCAGGGAUUUACCAGCGUGCCGAGCCGUGGGGGCUGCACCCUCGGCAUGGUGAGCAAACACGGCUUCUCCCGAGAGUUCACGCUGGCGGAGUUUUCCAAGGAACAGGAGAUGGUUCGACGGGAGAAACUCAAGGAGCGCCUGAAAGAGGAGAAACUGGAAGCCUUGAAGUGGAAGCUAACCAUGAACGGUACGAAAGUGUCUGAGGAGGCCAACCAGCUGACCCUCGACGACAUCUCGGACGACGACGUUGAGGCCGGUGGAGCCGAACUGGAAGACGGCUUCUUCCUCCAGCCCUACCCAGCCAAGAAGAGGCGAGCGCUGCUCAAGGCCAUGGGCGUCAAGAAGAUCGACAAAGAGGAGAAGCGGGAGCUACACAGCAUCCGCCUCUCCCGGGAGGAUUGUGGCUGCGACUGCCAGGAGUUCUGUGACCCGGAAACCUGCAGCUGUAGCUUGGCAGGGAUCAAAUGCCAGAUGGAUCAUACAUCAUUUCCUUGCGGUUGCACGAAAGACGGUUGCGGAAACACGGAAGGGAGAAUCGAGUUCAACCAAGCCCGGGUGCAGACGCACUUCAUCCACACCAUCAUGAAGCUGGAACUGGAAAAGAGCCAGCAGAACAACGAAAGGAGCCUUGAACCCGAGCCACCCUUCAGGGACCGGCUCCACCCGUUUGGGUGUCCGAUGGGCAAGGCAGCCUUCGAGGAACGGACUGUGCCCCUCACGCCGGCCUUCCAGUUUGCCCCGGACCUGGAAACCGUGGGGGAGAACAGCUGCAGCAGUGACAUGACGGACUCCUCCUCGUCCUCCGGUCAGAGCGAGGAUUUGGAGGAACCGUACGAGGCCGCCCCGUCCGAGAAGUCUCAGUCGGACGUUGACGACGACGGCUUGGCCCGCAUCCUCCAUUUCAACGACUCCGACGUGGAGGAAGACGACAGCAGUGCCGCCAGCAGCUGCCAGGACAACUUGAGUUCUUACCACCCGACGGGCUUCUUCAGCGUGGAUGUGGAGAACCAGUGCGCGCCCAUCGGUACCGAGAAGAUGGAUGCCGGCGGCGGUUUGAGCCAUUUGCCGAACAUCACAGAGUGUUUGGAUGAGAACGCCAACCAGGAGGCGAGCUGUUUUCUGGAGGAUGGCUCCCUGGGAGCGUUGGGUGGGGGAGUUUCUUCCAGCGCCCCGUCGCCUUCUCCCGAACCGUGCUCCAAGAGCUACAUGGACCUCAGCCUUUCCUCAGACUCUCUGGAUUUUUUCCAGUCUUUCUCAGACUACAACCUGGGACCUCUUUAUAAUUCCUUGAAAGAGUAUGAGAACCUGGACAACUUUUCGGCCCUCCAGCUUCAGUUGCCAAAUUUCCCCACUUUGCCCCAGGCUGGAGAUCAGAGCGUCUGCUUUCUAGAGUCUCUCAUUGGGUUGUCAGAGUCUGUCCCCGAAACCUCUGCACCUUUCACAGACAAUCAGCUUCUGGAAGAUGCCAUAAAGUCGUCGCUAAUGGAGACGGUGAAGGUUUAAUCGUGGCCGCCGUUGUUUUCCGAGAGAAAGCAAUGGGAAACUCUACUGGAACUGAAAACUGUUCACGAACCAGCAGCGCUUCUUGCACAAGAAGACUGCGGAGUUCUUUCUAAUUAAUUUUCUCCCCUUUUUGGGGGGGCACUGUGGCAGGGGGAGGGACAAGCUGCAGCUACAAUCAGUUUUCUUAGUGCUUGGGCAAAGACUCUUGGCGUUUGGAUGGCACGGAUGAAGAACACAGACGGUGACAUUCGUAAAUCAACCCGCCUUUGACCUGCAUUUUGUACGAGAAGGCAGGGAUGUGCUUGUGAAGAAAGUUGUCUUCAAACACAGUGGGUCAUCCCCAGAGCACCUUCUGCAAACAUUUUCCAAGGACAGCAGACCAUUUUCCUCCAGACAACUUUGGGAAGUCUAGAUGUGUAAUUAUAUUUAUGGUGAAAAAAUGAUUUGUUCAAGAGCCAUCUCUUUGAUCCAUGGGAAAACGUUUACAGAAAAAAGAGCCCAUACACUAUUAGCUACAUUUUUUCCUCCCCAUUCUAUUUAUUGCAAAAUUCCAAUUUUAAAUCGCCGCCAAAGCUUGAACUGAGCAUGGAAUCUUAUUUAAUUUAGUCAUACCUCAGAUGUAUUAUGUAUACAAUCAUCUUUUUUUGCAUAAUAUAUCUGUAUUUAUUUAUUUGUUACCUUUUUGUACCUUAGUAGUACUGGGGAUUGCCAUGAACCUUAAGCUGAAGUAAGCCUUUGGUACCCCGGGCCUUAAGGAGUGUGUUUUGUGUUGAAUGUCCUUUUCCUCCCUUUUUUCUAUUUGAUAAAACACAAAGGAAGCGUUUACUUUCCAGGCAGUCGAAUGCCUUUUCUGGGUUGGAUUUAAUACAUCGUUCAAUUUAGAGUAGCCCCACUGAAAUCCUUGGGACUUGGCAUUAGUCACAUCUAACUUAACGGUUCCAUUCAUGACAGUGCCUGGAUCCAACCCAGUAUCUUUUGCAUAAGCCAUGUAUCUACACUACAAACUUAAAAUCCCAUUUCACUCUCUUGGAUUCUUCAAGGGACCCUUGGCAAUUGUGUAAUUUUAAAGGAAAAUGCUUGGGAGAUUCUCCCCAGCUUUUUCCCCUACUACCAGGGGGCCUUGGAGGUUAAUGCAGAUAUGAGCCAUGGUUGAGUGUUGUGCACAGAUUCAGGGUUGUGUUGUCUUUGUAAGAACUAUCCCAUGUGUUGCUUGGUUACACUUACAGGAAGAGACAGUACGGAUUAGGGAGUUGGAGUAGCCACAACUACACACCUGAGAAGGUUACUUAUCUCUUAAGAGAGCAUUGGGAGACGUGGAAGUUACGGGUGCCUGGUGCACCAAAAAUUGUAGUAGAGCAAACAAAUUACUUGCUUAUUCAUCCUGACAGCUCUCCGUCUGCAGAGCUCCCAUGUUUUCCUAUGAAGAGAGAGGUUGCAUGUUGCUACUGUUUAAGAAGGAAAUAUAUAUAUUUACACCUGCAAUCUUGAGUAAGACUUAUGUGUGAUGUCCAUAAUUCCCCCUAUGGACAAGUUAAGAAACUCUUUACUUGUCCAUAGAAGCAGAGAGAGAGAGAGAAAAGAAGAGUAUGAAAUAUUUAAGGAAGAAAUUAAAUUGUGUUGUAAAUUAUUUUCUAAUUUAUUUAAUUUACUUAAGGAUUUGGCCAUGAUUUCUUUACACAGCAGAUCUGAUCUAUUUUUAUGGUGCCAGAACAUAUGGAAGAACCAAGGCUGCAGUUUUCUGAGGACUUUUUAGCCUUUGGAAAAGGCAGAACAAAUGCUAAUUUAAAAAAGAGAAAAAAACACUGUGUUCAGGUGGCUUUUACUGGGAGUCUAUACUCAUCAGCUCAUGCUGCAGCACAAAUGCACCAGCUGUUGUUAGUGGUAGAAAAUCCAAGGGUCUGUAUACCCAGUGCACCCCUGCAGUGUUGUGCCUCUUUAUUUCCUCCUAAAUGGUACCUCCCCCCCUCUCCCCGAGAUGGUAUCCAAGUGAGAUACAGCCUGGUUUGCUCAAACGAGAUGACAUAUUAUCUGGAGCAGUUGCACCCUUGGUAGUUUUGGGAAGGUGCGGAAGCAGGUUUGAUUUUAUUUUGAGUCAGAAUGAGAAACUGGCCAAAGCCAAGUUAGUUGUACAACUUCUGUAAGGAACCUACCGUCAGCAAUAAAGAGGAAAAGAAAAGCAUCAUGAA